UAUCCUGAGUAUACUAGUCUUACCCAGGUUCUGUAUUCUGAGUAUACUAGUCUUACCCAGGUUCUGUAUUCUGAGUAUUCAAGUCUUACCCAGGUUCUUUAUUCUGAGGAUUCAAGUCUUACCCGGGUUCUUUAUCCUGAGUAUUCAAGUCUUACCCAGGUUCUUUAUUCUGAGUAUAGAAGUACCAACCAAGUUCUUUAUCCUGAGUGUACAAGUCUUACCCAGAUUCUGUAUUCCGAGUAUACUAGUCUUAUCCAGGUUCUUUAUUCUGAGUACACAAGUCUUACCCAGGUUCUGUAUUCUGGGUAUUUAAACUUUACUCAGGUUCUUUAUUCUGAGUAUACUAGUCUUACCCAGGUUCUUUAUUCUGAGUAUACAAGUCUUAUCCAGGUUCUUUAUUCUGAGUAUACUAGCCUUACCCAGGUUCUU